UGGAGAGCAACGGGAAGCACAACGCCAUUGACGGGAGGAUAUAUGUUGAUGGAAGACUUCAACUCUUGAUUCUUCAUCCUUCAUGAUACUUUUCCUUCUGUGACAGUCUUCCUCACAUGCGAAAUUAGCAAGUUCUACCAGCAACUUUGACCAACGAAAUGGCUACUCUCAGGAACCUCUACGAGCCCAAUACCGACUUGGGCAAUGCUCUGCAUACUAACUUUGAGUAUGUUUACAACUCGAAAUAUAGGAGAAAUAUUAACAAGUGCCAGUGUCGACUUUGUGAUCGAUUAUCGAUUUGCAGGCACAGGUAGGUGCUUUAACUAUUUUACCCCUUGAAUUAUCAAACUAACAAUCAAUAGAUAAAGUACAAGCGGAACGAGAAUUCGAGGAACUGAUCAAAGCACUAAACAACGUUGGCCUCUCAACCGAAGUUCGAAAUGGAGACAACUUCGCGGUCCUAAUCUUCGUCAAAAUCACCUCGGAAAGACACCUACGAGCUGAAGUAUAUCGAAGUCGUGUACAAGAUUGGCUCUAUGGUGUACGUGUCAUUGCACCCGACAAGGACAUGCAAGCCAGCCUCUCCAGCGAACCCGUAAUCGAAGCCGAAAGACUACGACUUGUCUACCUCUUAAUCACCAAACCCACAAAUGAAGGAGGUGCAGGUAUCACACCAAAGAAGGGAAAAUGGAAGGCAGUGGAGUCUAUCUUUUCCCUGCACGACCAUACAUUCAAUAAGGCAUGGAUCAAAGACUUGACCUCCAAAUAUUUCUUGAGUCAGAAGGAUCUCACCGAAAUCCGCAACAGAUUUGGUGAAAAGAUCGCAUUCUACUUUGCUUUUUUGCAAUCUUACUUCCUGUUUUUGACAUUUCCGGCUGGAUUCGGUUUCUGCUCAUGGGUCAUACUCGGCCAAUUUUCUCCUAUAUACGCCAUAGUCAACGGACUUUGGUGUAUUGUCUUUGUUGAAUAUUGGAAGAAACAAGAAAUCGAUCUUGCUGUUCAAUGGGGUGUCCGUGGUGUUUCAAAAAUUCAACACAAGCGUCCAGACUUCAAACACGAGAGUGUAGUACAAGACCCGAUUACGGGAGAGGAUGUCAAGAUAUACUCGCCAGUUAAGAGACUUUCAAGACAACUCCUUCAAGUUCCAUUCGCUUUAACGGCAGCUUUUAUUCUUGGAAGUUUGAUUGCAUUAUGCUUCGGGAUUGAGGUUUUCAUUUCGGAAGUUUACAGUGGACCCUUUAAGACUUACUUGGUAUAUUCGCAAACCCAAGACCUAAAUUUAUUUCUAAUUGUCACAGGUCUUCCUUCCAACUGUAAUUCUGACUGUGAUGAUGCCUACCCUGUCAACACUCUUGACUGGAUUUGCUGCAAGAUUGACCGAUCUUGAGAAUUAUGAGACGGUCGAUGGUAAGAUACUCAUGAUUCAUUGAUUUGACAUGUUAUCUAACAUUAUCUAGCCCACGAAAACGCAAUGGUUUCCAAAAUCUUCGUCCUAAAUUUCAUCACUUCCUACCUACCAAUCUUUCUAACAGCAUUCGUCUACGUACCGUUCGCUCAAAUCAUAGUCCCACAUUUGGACAUUUUCCAAUUAACAGUACGACCAUUCGCCGAAAAUGAAAAGCAAAUGACCACACCAAAUGCCAACUUUCAAAUCAACCCAGAUCGUUUGAAGAAGCAAGUAAUCUACUUCACGGUUACAGCUCAGAUUGUUGGCUUCGCCUUGGAAAUCGUCGUUCCAUACAUCUCCCGCCGUUUCUUCCGCAAGGUAAAGCAAGUCAAAGCCGAACGAGCAAUGUCAAGUGACCUUGCUGGGAAUAUGACAUCCAACAAAUCCUCACUAGCAGCCAAACAUCCCGACCAUCCAGCAGCAGAUGACCACCCUGAGGAAGCUGCUUUCCUAGCCAGAGUGAGAAAUGAAGCGGAAUUGAGUAUCUACGAUGUGACAGCCGACUUUCGAGAAAUGAUUGUUCAAUUUGGUAACUCUCUACCUCUUUUCUUUUCCAGAAAAUCAAUGCUAAAAGAAACCCCAAGGAUAUCUCUCCCUCUUCUCCGUCGUCUGGCCUCUUACAGCUCUCUCCUUCUUGAUAAAUAACUGGAUCGAGCUACGAGGCGACGCCCUAAAAAUCGCGCUCGAAACCCAACGUCCGGUUCCUUGGCGCGCGGAUUCCAUCGGGCCCUGGCUCGAUGCCCUUUCCUUCCUCUCUUGGCUAGGAAGCUUGACGGCUGCAGCAUUGGUGUAUCUUUUCCGCGGGGAUGGGUUGGGCCCUAGUGGUAGUCCGUGGGAUAUCAAGGUCUGGGGAUUACUACUGGCAAUGUUCUUCUCGGAACAUAUUUAUCUGGGUGUGAGGAUGGCGGUUCGUGUUGCGCUUAGCAAAAUUGAUUCUCCUGGCUUGCAGAAGGAGAGGGGCGAGAGGGUCAAGGUUCGGAAGUAUGUGCUUCUUUCGCAAUUUCCGUAUAGGUCCUCGCAUGUCCCUUCCCCUCCCCGUAUCCCUCGUCCACUUCUCCUUUCUUCUUAUCACAACUGACAAUUCGGUCCAGACAAUACCUCGAAGAAUCUUUCGGCCAGGAAGUAGCGGAUAAGGCACUCUCUGGUGGCAUCUCGGUGGGUGAGACGAUCAAUCGGAAGACGCUUGAGGAUGAGGCGAGGGAGAGCAGUCUGAGGGGUCACGGGACGCCCGAGGAGAUGUUUUGGGCGAGACAGAGGGGGGUGGAGGAUUGUGUUGCUGUGGGCAAGGGGUAUAUUGGAAAGGUAUGUUUUUCUUCUAUCUUUCUUUUUCCGUGGUGUUAAUACAAGGGGAGAAUACGGGUUAAGACUAACGUAUUUGAUAGGCUGCUUCUAGAAUGGCGGCAAGCAAGGAGAGCAAGAAGGAACUGUGAGUUUUGUAAGGGUGGAUGAUCUGGAUAUGGUAUGCCAUUGGCUUUUCAUUCCUGGGUGUUCCAUAUCUAUUUCUUUCCAUCAUAAAAACCCUCUGCGGCUUUAUUUUUCAUUGCAGGCACCGUUCGGGGAGGUAAGCGAGGUUCUAAAAGGGGAUUAUU